AUGUAUCUGAAGAGUUGCUGCGCGUUAUUCCUGCUGGCGCUAGUCGCCUGUCAGGCUGCACCUUCAUCUCAGGCAAUUGAGAAAUCAAUUAAUGAAGCAGAAACGUUCGCCAAUACCAAUAUAGAACUAGAAGGAACUGGUGCGGAAAAGGAUAGGGCGAAGAAAUCGGCAACAACCUUCUGCGUAGAAGUUCGCUCGGGAAAGCCAGAAAAGAUUCCUUGCACGCAGGAGAUAAGACCACAAGGGAUUGUUCAACAAGAGAAACCGGUGGUUAUUGUGCAACCUAUAUCGAUACCAGCAUCAGUACCAAUGCCGGUACCUACAAUUGUCGAGUAUCCUAAACAGCCGGUUGUGAUCCACCAACAUCCUCAGCCUCAAGUUAUACCUCAACCAGCUCCUCAAUUCGUAGCACCACCACCAUCUCCUGUGCCAGUAAAAUUGCCUGCUUCAGCGCCAGCUACAAUUCCGAUUAUUGACAUCGUACCGCCAACUCCAGCUUCUACACCAUGCGACAAACCAACUAUUGUGCAGCCGACACAAUCACAAGUUCACACGGUCCAUGUCAUUCAUUCGCAACCGACACCGCAGCCAUCCAAGAUAGAAAGGCCGAUGUUUAGACCGAUACCACAGCAAUCGAUUAUCCAUCUGCCUACCUGCAAAAAAUGUAACAAAUUAAUACCACCACUAUCGCCUAAACUUCAACCAAUUGGUAGCUACAGCUUCGGUUACCCUACAGCUUUUACCGAUGUGAUAUCGCAAUAUGGACAAAGCACCGAUUGUGAAAUAGAACCUACAUUCGAAUGUAAUUGCCGACCAGAAAACCGCAUUGUUGAGAUAUCACCCCACAAAAUCAAGAUUCAGGAUCCUCGUAUGGUAAAUGCUGGCGCAACUAUCGAUUCCAUAGAUACCGUACCUUUCUCCAUACCUCAUACAUCCUCGAUGAUCUCCAGGGAACAUGACCCUAGCAUUUCUAACAUCAUAUCAGACCAACCCUUAUUCUUUGCUCCAAAAGGAGCUAGAGAAACGGAAGGAAAACAUUCACAUCAUAGGAGACCUUCUGCAACCUUCUUUCCCGUAAAUGUGGAAUUCCCUGUCGCAUAUGGAACUGACGGUACCCAUAAUUAUCAACCUCAAUAUUAUCCUUCAUAUCCUAGUUCAAAUUCUUACACCUAUCCAAGUUCUUACCCUUAUGGAGCCUAUGAAACCUAUGGAACUUCUUAUCCAGUAAGCUACAACUCUCUAGCUGCAGCAAGUAAUGUACCAGCAAUCACUGUAAAUGCGGGAGGACCAUUUUAUAAUCCUCGCGAAUCUCAACUCACUGACUCAUCGUCCCAAUCGAAUAAUGAAGCGCAACCAAGAGCGUUUUCGACUGAUAUUCAAUCAAACUACGAGCAGAAAGAAAUUACACAGACCGACAAGGAAAGUAUCAUCAAGGAAAUAAUUCCCGAAACUAACGUAAUUACAAAGAAGUAA